ACAGCUGAAGGGGUUAGUGACUGGGAAUGCAGAAUGUGAAGUGGCUGGUGGGGGGAAAGAUUGAGAGGGAAGGUGCGGGAAAUGCUCAAGAAGUAGGCACUGUGAUGUGGCAGGAAGCAGACUUAGAUGUUAAGUUAGUUCAGAUCAGGAAAGAAAAAAGUGAAAUCAAAUUCCACUAAGAACGAAACAAAGACUUUUUGUCCCAAAGUUAUAUCUGGCUGGUAGCUUGUUCUGCGGUGAUUUUCUGACGGGAUAAGAAUUAUGUCAUGGAUCAAGGAAGGAGAGCUAUCACUUUGGGAGCGGUUCUGUGCCAACAUCCUAAAGGCAGGCCCAAUGCCCAAACACAUUGCGUUCAUAAUGGAUGGGAACCGACGCUAUGCCAAAAAGUGCCAGGUGGAGCGGCAGGAGGGCCACUCGCAGGGCUUCAACAAGCUGGCUGAGACUCUGCGCUGGUGUUUGAACCUGGGCAUCCUCGAGGUGACAGUCUACGCAUUCAGCAUUGAGAACUUCAAACGUUCCAAGAACGAGGUUGACGGGAUACUGGAUCUGGCUCGAGAGAAAUUUAGCUACUUGAUGAAGGAACAGGAGAAGCUGCAGAAGUAUGGAGUGUGCAUCCGGGUCCUGGGAGAUCUACAUUUAUUGCCCUUGGACCUGCAGGAAUUAAUUGCACAAGCUGUACGGGCCACCAAGAACUACAACAAGUGUUUCCUGAAUGUUUGCUUUGCAUACACGUCCCGCCAUGAGAUCACGAAUGCUGUGAGAGAAAUGGCCUGGGGAGUGGAGCAAGGCUUGCUGGAGCCCAGUGAUGUCUCUGAGUGUCUGCUUGAUAAGUGCCUCUAUACCCACCACUCUCCUCAUCCCGACAUCUUGAUACGAACUUCUGGAGAAGUGCGGCUGAGUGACUUCUUGCUCUGGCAGACCUCUCAUUCCUGCCUAGUGUUCCAACCUAUUCUAUGGCCAGAAUACACAUUUUGGAACCUCUGUGAGGCCAUCCUGCAGUACCAGAUGAACCACAGCAUGCUUCAGCAGAAGGCCAGAGACAUGUAUGCAGAGGAGCGGAAGAGGCACCAGCUGGAGAGGGACCAGGCUGCAGUGACAGAACAGCUGCUUCGAGAAGGGCUCCAGGCCAGUGGGGAUGCCCAGCUCCGACGGACACGCUUGCACAAACUCUCAGCCAGACGAGAAGAGCGAGUCCAAGGCUUCCUACAGGCCUUGGAACUCAAGCGGGCUGACUGGCUGGCACGUCUGGGCACUGCAUCAGCCUGAGUGAGGCUGGCCACAUGCCACUUUGCCCUGCCCUCUGCCUCCAGGGCCCCACUCCCCUUUCUUUUCUUGAUGAGAGGCACGUACCCUCUUAAUGAUGAAUUAUGCUCCCCUGCUUGGCAGGGGAGUCCCCAAGGUCAGAUCUGCUGGCCAUAGAUUUGUUUGGGCUGCCUGUGGCCCCUGGGCAGGACUGAGGGUGAGAAUUUUUCACAAGCACACUAACUGUGGCCACCAGUUGUUUUUUCUGAGGGGGGCACAACUGAUUGGCUUCCUGUUCCAGCUGCCUUUGCCACCCCGCCUUGUGCCCCUAGGUGUACUUUCUCUUUCCACUAGCACGUCCUUCAGCAUGCGGAAUUGCAGGGAAGAAGUCUCCUCAAAGCCUACACCUUCACCCUUCGUCUUCGUCUUCCACCUGACUUUCACAAAAGAUUUGGCUCUACCUUAAAUCUGCUGGUAAAUAGCAAAUAGGCAGCCAACAUUAUUUGGGCAAGAAAGAAAGGGCCGGGAGAGGCAGAAGAAAAUUUGCCCAUCUGCUGCUCCUCCUCUUGGCUCUCCACCUGGGAUUUGCUAUUGAGUCUCUAUCCCUCCCACCAUGCAGUACUGAUUGCUCACUGAAAGGCUGGGCGCCCCCAGUGGUGCUCAGAAGCCAGGCCGGUGAUUACAAUCCAAUUACCUAUUGUUGACUCAGCCCACACAAGCUUUUCUCCGCCUCUUGCAAGGCUUGGAGCCAGGCUCCACUCCCCAGUGAGACUGGCCCCUUCCAUGGCUACAGGGUAAUAUUGGGGCCUAUUGGUCCUGGUGGUCUAGUGGAACACAGGCCUCUUUCCCUGUGACACAUCAAGACCGCGUAGAACCAAGCACUUAACCAUCUCAAACACUUCCAGUCUUCAAGGCUUCUCUCAGCUCUCUGACCUGGCUCCCUAAGUGGGCCUUGAGACAAUUUAGUCUCAGCAUGGCAAAACUUGUUCCAGGCCUUCUCUGCCAGUGAGGGCCAAGACUUCCCAGCAGGAAAGUGAGGGUAGAGUCAAGGCUGUGUCCUUUCCCUUACCUCCCCCUGCCAGGCAUCCAUGCAGAGUUGCUGAGAGGAUUAGUGCCUUUGAAGCCUGUCUGCCUGAGCAACUCUGCUUCAGGUGCUCCACAGCAGCAAGUACCGGUCAGUAAUACCAACCAAAUGCUACUCUUCAGUUUUCUCAUUUUACUUUGUACCGUCUGCCCAGCAACUCCCUCGGGAGAGAGGUGGGACCUUAGCAAGCUGUGUUGAGUGUACUCUUCAGACCUGUAACUUUUCUAUGCCCUAGUAUCUUCCUCCCUUUCUGUGCUUGGAUACCUGGCACUAGAGACCCUUUGGCCAUCAUUCCUGCUUAAAGAAUCAAGCACAAAUGCCAGCCGCUGUGAUUGCAAAGCCAAUCAGCACACCCUUUGGCAAAGCCCCCUACACACCUGGCACUCCCCACUACCAAUCCCUGGCACAGGGUUCCCAGAGAGCAGGUGCUGUACAUUUUCCAGCUUUACAAUGGGGCUGUUGACAGCCUUAAUUAGGGAGGCAUGAAUUAUUCGGCUAUAAUGCAGAGCCCUACAAUUAAGGCGGGAAUGAGGGGCUGCAGGCAGUAAACGGAAUGUGCCCUGUGAGCAAGGCUGUUGGGUCGUCUUUCUGCAAGUCCCUUGUGAUGAGGGUACAGUAGAGGUGAUUAAUGGGACUGGCAUCUCUGGCCUGAGGUCCUGUAUUCUGGGAAAGGUGCUCCGGGUGGAGUAGGGAGGAGCUGCCCCAGGAGACACUGCAGGGAGUGGAAGGGGAGAAGGUCCAGUGUUGUCCAGGAGCAAGAACUGCAAAAUACUUGCUCUAAACUCCUACUUUGCUUUCAGCUUCUACCCUUGCCUAGUGAAGUCAGGGGAAAACCUAUUUAUAUGUCCUCCCACCUGUAAACCAAACCCCCUCUUGAUAUUUAUCCUGUUCUUGUGCUCCCCUUGGCCUCAAAUAGAAUUUUUUAAAUUGUUA